AAUGCCUAAACUCAGGGUUUAUUAGGCUCUUACUCGUUUUAGUUCUGAAUACCUCUGGUUUUUAACUGUGAGAAGUGAAGGGGAAAGGGCAACCCAGGGAAAAAAAUUGGAUUUAUACAUCUGAUGGGUUGAAGAAUUGCAUCUGAAUAAGAAAAGAGGUGGUGGUAUCCCACUAGGCAAAACCAGAGACCACAGCCAACCACCUGUAAAAAAUUUCUGCGGCUGGCAAAUGCAGAGUACCGAGGUGGGGCCAUUUUGAUGUGAAGGAACAGGGAAGGAAGGAAUCAAUUAUGCAUGUAAAUCAAUGGUAAUAACUUGGUCCAUGCAAUCCACCCACCGUUCAUUGAAACAUUCGCCUCAUCCUGUCUCUGUUUCUUCAGGCCCCUACUAUUGCUGCCUCUUCUGUAUGUUUAUCAAAAGGCCUGUCCAUUUUUUUUUCUGAGAAAUGUCACCUUUUGCAGUAUACCCUCCCUGCGCGGAUAAGUUUCCAUGACGAUAGCAGUCCAUCAUAUGGAUAGAAGCCCCAGCCAGCCAUCGCCAAAUUCCGUUAAUGUCGAGACGUGUCCCAUGUUUCGGAGUAUUUCAGAGGUGAAAAGGGAACUGAAGAAGCUAGUGCGUCUUGCUGCCCAAGAUGAGGAGGACUGCAGCACUGAGGUCUAUGAUGAGAUCUGUGACAAGGCGCAGGUGUUGAAGAAAUAUAAAUGUCGCAAACCCCAGCCCGCUGCUCCUUCCAAAUCCAGAUCCUUUUCCGACCAGUUGGAUUCCAUUCCCGUGCCGGAUUGUUUUCAAUGUCCUAUUUCUGCCGACCUUAUGAGAGAUCCCGUCAUUCUUGCCUCGGGGCAGACAUACGACAGGGCUUCUAUUCAAGCAUGGCUGGACGCAGGGCACCGUACAUGUCCGAAGACGCAGGAGUUUCUCCCGAACUUGACAUUGACGCCCAAUUAUCUUGUCCGAACGAUGAUUGAGCAGUGGUGCCGCUGGCAGGGGCUUCAACUUGAAUGUCCGCUCAGAAACCCUAACCCGAACGCAAAUGAGAAGGGCAGCGAGGGUAUGACGCCGCAGGAUCGUGCAUAUUUGAGUUCACUGGUAGCGAAGCUCUCAGGGGAGCGUCAAUCGCAACGGAGAGAAGCUGCCCGGGAGCUCCGAGCUCUAACCAGGAAGAAGUCUUUAUACAGGGCUCACCUUGCUCAAGAAGGGAAUGCGAUACCUGCGUUGAUUCCUUUGCUGUUAAGUCCCGAUUUAGAGACGCAGGAGCAUGCGGUAACGACCCUGUUGAAUCUGUCGAUUCUCGAUACAAACAAGAAGCUCAUUGUGGAAGAGGGAGUUUUGCAGCCCAUAUUGGAGGUUCUCAGAAAUGGCAGCAUGCCUGCGCGGGAGAAUGCGGCGGCGGCUCUGUUCAGCUUGUCUGCGUUGGAGGACAACAAGAUUGCGAUCGGCGCUUCGGGUGCCAUACCUGCGCUGGUGGAGCUUCUGAGAGACGGCAGUCGGAGAGGCAAGACUGAUGCAGCCUCUGCAAUCUUCAAUUUGUGCGUUUCUCAGGGCAACAGGGGAAAAUGCGUAAGGGCGGGCGUGGUGCCUGUUUUGCUCAAGUUGAUGAAGAAUGUGGAGGAAGAGGGCAUGUCAAUGGCGGAUGAGGCGUUGGCCAUUCUAGCCUUUAUAGCCGGGAACGAGGAAGGAGCUGCUGCCAUUCGCAAUGCCGGAGCGCUUCCUUUGCUCAUCCAAUUUAUCAAACACAGUUCUGAUCGCAACAAAGAGAAUGCAGUGGUAAUCAUCUUUGCACUGUGCUCUAGGUAUUCUGCAUAUUACAAGGAGGUGAAAAGUGCCGAGGAAGGGGAUGGAUAUGUGGCACUGCUAGAUCUAAGCAUCAGCGGGACAUCUAGAGCCAGGCGUAAAGCUUAUGCUUUACUAGAGCAGAUGAAUAAACAUGUUUCUGUAUAGUUGAAUAGAGGUGUACAUUGAUAUAUGCUAGAAGAAUCUGUACAGGGACAGGGACUGUAAAUGAAAUUUUGUACUGGCAGCUUUAGAAUCAAUUACAUAAAUUGAAGAGGCAAUCUAUUCAGAGGGCUCGCGCUCGAUUCGCUUUCUUCACAAACAUUGAUAUUGUAUGGAUUGAGGUAUUGACAGUAGAGCUAUGCAUGGAUUUUUGAGCAAAGGGGCCCUGUAACAGUACAAAUAAUAUGCAGUCCUGCAAAAUAAACCUUAUCAUGAAUGUUGGUCCCAUAAACUGCCUCCGAAGAGGAAUCUGCUUGCAAUGGAAGGUUACAGAAGAUUUCAAUCCAUCAAAAGCAUCAGAAAAGACGGAAGAGGAGGCGGGGAGGGUCCCAUGGGUGGGACUCUGUCAUUCUAAAGAUUCGUAAGGUCUCUGGAGGCUUCACAUCAAUUACUGUAAAUGAGCUCAUGGAAUAUUUAAAUUUGUUAAUAUUUAUUUAUUAAAAUUAUCUUAUUGAAAA